AGAAGAGGAUUCACAGCGGAGGCAAAGAGGAAAGAGACAGCGUGACGUGGCAUCACCGUGGCGCCCUGCCUCCCUGACGUGGCAUCUCUGACGUGCGGGCCCGGGACCUCAGCCUGUCCACGUUGACCCCAUCGCAUCAGCGAUUCGGCGGUUCCUGACUCCGCCCUUCAGCGCGGAUCGACCGGGGACUCCUCUGUUUUCCCCCAAAUCUUCUCGUCUUCUUCUUCUACUUCUUCCACCGCUCGUUUCUCCAGGAACCUUCCAGAAGCUUCUCGAACCGACAGGCCGUGUGAUCCAGGGUUUCCUCCUGCCAUGGUGAAGGAGACCGUCUACUACGACACCCUGGGGGUCAGCGUCGACGCCUCCCCCGCCGAGAUCAAGAAGGCCUACUACGUCAAGGCGAAGCUGGUGCAUCCGGACAAGAAUCCUGGGAACCCCGACGCGGCGGUGAAAUUUCAGGAACUCGGGGAGGCCUACCAAGUUCUAAGUGAUCCAGCGAAAAAGGAGGCUUAUGAUAAGCAUGGAAAGGACGGUCUUGCCCAGGAUAACAUGGUAGAUCCAGCUGCUGUCUUUGGGAUGCUUUUUGGAAGCGAUUAUUUUGAAGAUUAUGUUGGUCAGCUUGCUCUGGCAUCCAUAGCUUCAGUGGAGAUUGAUGAAGGCUCAAGCAAUCAAGAGGCCAGAGCAAAAGUUCAAGAGAAGAUAAAAGAGUUGCAAAAAGAAAGAGAGCAAAAGCUUAUUCAGAGCCUAAAGGAUCGACUUCAACCAUAUGUGGAUGGAAGGAAGGAUGAAUUUGUGGAGUGGGCAAAUGCAGAAGCUCGGCGAUUAUCCCAAGCAGCUUUUGGUGAGGCUAUGCUUCACACCGUUGGAUAUAUUUAUGUACGGCAAGCGUCAAGAGAACUUGGAAAGAAUAAAUUGUAUAUGGGUGUGCCGUUCAUAGCUGAAUGGGUAAGAGACAAGGGUCACAUCAUUAAAUCGCAGGUUAAUGCUGCUUCAGGUGCUAUCGCUCUGAUACAGCUACAGGAAGGAAUGAAAAAGAUGGAGGAGGGUGCCAAUAAGGAAGAGCAGCUUAUGAAGAGUUUUGAGGAGAAAAAAGAUGCAAUGCUCAAUUCCCUAUGGAAAAUCAAUGUGGUUGAUAUUGAGUCAACACUUUCCCGUGUAUGCCAAGCAGUUCUGAAAGAUAACACUGUCUCAAAAGAUGUUCUGAAGUUGCGAGCAAAGGCAUUGAAAAAACUUGGAACGAUACUCCAGGGCGUGAAAUCUCUCUACCAUCGUGAGAACAGCUUACGCGUUGAAACUCCCACGAAACAGGAUGGAACAGUAUCUCACUGAAGGCUGAUGAUGAUAACUCUUCAACAAUUUGUGAACUAUUAUGAAUUCUUCUGUUUGUUUGUAAGAUUUUUUGAUGUCGCAGGUUGCUCUGUACACACCUGUGUUUCCUCUUUAUUUUCUGUACAAAGGCGAAUGGUGAACAUGAAACAUUGCUGUGAUUGGGCCGGCAUCCGGCAUUCUUGUUGGCUGUUGCAUUUUUUUUU